GUCUGAAGUCAUAUUUGAUAAGGAGAGCAGCCGAGUCAACAGAGAGUGACACAAAACGACUUUAAAGCCACUUUAGAGCCACACAGCAAGAGAGGACAACGGAGGACGAAUUUUCUGACACCAGCCUGAAUAACUGCACUGACUGCUUCUUCAUCAUGGAUGAGCCAAACACAGUGAGGAUUGUUCUUCUGGGGAAAACUGGAUCUGGGAAGAGCAGCCUUGCUAACACCAUAUUUGGAGAGAAUGUAUUCAAAGUCAACUUUCUUGACUCACAAGCAAGUAUUUGUCAAGCAAAGUCAGGAUCCGUCAGUGGCAGAAAGCUCACUUUGGUCGACACUCCUGGUUUCUUCGAUCCAGGAAGGUCAGCGUUGGAGCUGAAGGUGGAGAUCCUGAGGUGUGUCACCGAGUGCGCUCCUGGUCCUCAUGCUUUUCUCAUUGUGCUUCAGGUGGAAAAAUUCACUGAGCAGGAAACUGAUGUCAUCAGACAAAUGCAUGAGUGUUUUUCUGCAGAGGUUUUUAACUAUUCUGCAGUUGUUUUCACACAUGGUGACCAGCUGUCAGAAAACAUGAACAUGAAGGAUUUCAUCAGCAAUAACAAGCAUCUGAAAGACCUGGUGGAGACGUGCGGCGGUCGGUGCCAUGUUGUAGAUAACAAAUACUGGCAAAACAACCAGCAGGGUGAAUACAGGAGCAACCAGUUCCAGGUGACACAGCUGCUUAACACAAUCAAUGACAUGGUGAAGAGAAAUGGAGGAGGCUGCUACAGCACUGAGAUGCUGCAGGAAUGGAAGAGACGGCAAAGAAAACCAUCUCUGGUGUCUUUCCUCAGAACUGUGAGGCGUUGGAUGAAACGUGUAACACGACAACCUGUGAGAGCCUUGUUUGGUGUAGCAGCCGUCAUAGGUGUGCUGCUUAUUGUAAAAGCUGUGAAAGUCCAAGCAGCAGCACCAAACACAGUGAGGAUUGUUCUUCUGGGGAAAACUGGAUCUGGGAAGAGCAGCCUUGCUAACACCAUACUUGGAGAGAAUGUAUUCAAAGUCAACUUUCUUGACUCACAAGCAAGUGUUUGUCAAGCAGAGUCAAGAUCCGUCAGUGGCAGAAAGCUCACUUUGGUCGACACUCCUGGUUUCUUCGAUCCAGGAAGGUCGGCGUCGGAGCUGAAGCCGGAGAUCCUGAGGUGUGUCACCGAGUGCGCUCCUGGCCCUCAUGCUUUUCUCAUUGUGCUUCAGGUGGAAAAAUUCACUGAGCAGGAAACUGAUGUCAUCAGACAAAUGCAUGAGUGUUUUUCUGCAGAGGUUUUUAACUAUUCUGCAGUUGUUUUCACACAUGGUGACCAGCUGUCAGAAAACAUGAACAUGAAGGAUUUCAUCAGCAAUAACAAGCAUCUGNUCUGCCACUUUAGAGCCACACAGCAAGAGAGGCCGACGGUGGACGAAUUUUCUGACACCAGCCUGAAUAACUGCACUGACUGCUUCUUCAUCAUGGAUGGUUCAGAAGCAGCCACAGAGAGCAGAGCAGCAGCAGAUUCCACAUCUGUUCCUGAGGACGUGACACAAACACAAGACAUAAGGAUGGUCCUGGUGGGGAAAACUGGAGCUGGGAAAAGCAGCUUGGGCCAAACAAUACUUGGAGAGCCUGUGUUUGAUACACAUCAUAGUGCAAACCCUGGAACAAGUAAAUGUCAGAAAGCAACCAAACAAGUUGAUGGAGAAUUAAUCACUGUGAUUGAUACUCCUGGUUUCUUUGAUGAUCGCAAGUCUGAUGAUGAGCUGAAGUCUGAGAUAAUAGAUUCUAUCAUAGAGUGCUCUGAUGGGCUUGAUGCUUUUCUUAUUUUAUUUAAAGUUGAGAGAUUCACUGAGCAGGAGAAUGAGGUUGUUUCCAGGAUAACAGAGUGUUUUUCUGAGGAAGCUUUCAAACACGCUGUAGUUCUCUUCACUCACGGUGACCAGCUUCCUGACAACAUGAAGAUUGAGGAGUUUGUCCGUGGAAAUAAGUGUCUGUGUGAUCUCUUCAAGAAAUGUGGGGAACGCCGCCACGUUGUUGAUAGUAAGUACUGGAAGAACAACCAGCAGGAUGAAUACAGAAACAACAAGGUCCAGGUAGCAAAGCUGCUUGAUACAGUAAAACAAAUGGUGGAAAGUACAGGGCCCUAUACCAAUGAGAUGCUGCAAGCAGUGAGGAGAGCAAUACAACAACAGGUAGUGUGCAUUAGAAGCUCAUCAAAAGGCAUGUCACAGGAAGUUAUCAGGCAGCAGGCAAAGCGUAUUGUCUCAGAUUUUCUCAAGAAGGCAGCUGGCAUCACCACAGGAGUAUUGUUGGGAGCUUUACUGGGUGUACCAUGUGCGAUUGCAGCAGUUGUCGCAUGUCUUAAGACAAUGCCAGAAAGUGUUGGAUUAGCUGUAGUUGCAGGAGUUGGUGCUGCUGCAGGCGCAGUAGUGGGAGGUUAUGUAGGGUAUAAAGAAGCUGAUGAAGCAGAUUCAGCAGGGGAGGCAGCAAAGAACACAGCUAAGGCUAUCAUCAAGCCAGUCAGUGAAGUUGUGGAAAAGCUAUGGCAAUGCCAAACGCAACUGCAAAGUGAGAUGGAAGCGUUGCUUGAUUAAAAAAAAAAAAAAAAAAAUAGAUUGCAAUUGAGCUUUGCAUCACUCUGAUCAAAAUCCACAUCCACAGGAUUGUUGGGCUCUGCUGCCAUGACGACACAUAAGUAUCAAGAUCAAGAUCCAGAAUUGUUUGUGAGGCUUUAAACUGACGGCCUUUGUCCAUUUAUCAGCAUGUCUGUGUUCUACUGGUGACUCUGUUCACCUUGAUGAUGUUUUUAGGAUCCUUUAAGGAUUUUGUGGUUUAAUCAGAUCAUGUUGGCAUUUUCUAUUUUUCUACCUUCCUUGUCUACAUGAUUGAAGCUUCUUUCUAGUCGUGUUUUUUCUUAUUAUCCAACAUGAGUACAUGAAGGAGAAUUUCACCUCAACACACAUUAUAUAUUAACUGUCUCCUCCUGCCAGGUGGAGUUUUAUGAGGUGUUGUUGAUGAUUUGGUCUCCUAGAAGAGGCUGAUUGUUCUCUGUGCAUCUGUAGGUUUAUUGCCAGUUACUGACAUGAGCAACAAGGAGGAGGAGAUCUUUAACUCCUGUUCUUAGAUAGAAAAUGACAUAUAGUGUUGGAACAGACUUUUAAACCUAUAUAGGGAUGUUUGAUCAUCACUGCAUUUUAUUAGUAGUUUAAAAAUGGUCUUUAAUGACAUUAAUAAUAGAAUCCACAUUAAAGCAAUUCUUUGUCUGAUUAAACUGUUGUGUGGAUGUAAUAAGGUCUUUAUAGAACCCUCAGUAGGAUGUUUCUUAGGACAAAGUAGAUGCAUGAGUUAUGGGAAGUAACUGAGUUUGGAUUAUUAAAACCUUAAAAAAAAUGUUAUUACUGUGGAUGUUGAUUUUCUGUGACUUGUAAUGAAAGAUGAUGUUUUCUUUCCUCUUUUAAAACUUAAUUUAACACUUGUGAUGUUUUUGUUCCACAAAUGCAGAUUUACUAAUCCAAAUGUACAAUUUCCCCAUAAAGAAUGUUUGUAAUGACAGUUCUUUGCUUUAGUUUGCUUUUAUGAAAUAUAUUCUGAUUUCACAAUCA